GGCUGCGGGCAGAGGCAAGAGCUGCGGAGCGGGAGCGGGAGGAGGGGGAUCCGCGGGGCGGGAGGAUCCGCGGAGCAGGAGCUGCCGCCGCCGCACGGCACGGGGGACACCGCCGCAGGUUUGCCCGCGGAGCCUCACGGGUCUCUCUCUUUCUCUCUGUUGGUUGCUGCUGCAGAGCUGUGGAAUGCUGUGAAGACUCAGCUGUAGGCAGACUCCUCUCCAGAUUAUCUCCACCCGAAGGAAGCUUGUCUCCAAGAGAGUUCCUGGUCUUCCACCAUGAACCCUGUUUACAGCCCCGUCCAACCUGGGGCUCCCUACGGAAACCCGAAGAACAUGGCAUAUGCAGGUUAUCCAACGGGUUAUCCCACUGCUGCCCCAGCCUACAACCCAAACAUGUAUCCAACCAGCAGCCCCGGCUACGCCCCAGCUACACUUCUGAUGAAGCAAGCCUGGCCACAGACCUCCUCCUCCUGUGCCACGGAGGGCACCUUCCACCUCCCGGUGGACACCGGGACCGAGAACAGAACUUAUCAGGCUUCUUCUGCAGCAUUCAGGUACACUGCGGGGACACCCUACAAGGUCCCACCGACCCAGAGUAACAACGCGCCUCCUCCCUACUCGCCGUCUCCGAAUCCCUACCAAACUGCCAUGUACCCCAUCAGAAGUGCCUACCCACAGCAGAACCUGUACACCCAGGGAGCUUAUUACACCCAGCCAGUGUACGCAGCCCAGCCUCACGUCAUCCAUCACACCACUGUGGUUCAACCCAACAGCAUCCCCUCGGCCAUCUACCCGGCCCCGGUCGCUGCGCCCAGGACCAACGGUGUGGCCAUGGGCAUGGUCGCUGGGACCACCAUGGCAAUGUCAGCAGGAACCUUGUUGACCACCCCCCAACACACUGCCAUCGGAGCACACCCGGUUUCCGUGCCAACGUACAGGGCUCAAGGAACCCCCACCUACAGCUACGUACCUCCACACUGGUAAACCCACUGGCCAAGUCAUAUCCAGAGUCCCACAUUGUAUGCAACUCCACAAGUCUUACAUCGGUGCCGUGGCCGUCGUGCUGCAGCACCUGGUCUGUUUGCAAGAACAAAAGGAAAAACAACAACAACAACAACAACAACAGAAGUGCAAGGGUCACUUUAUGCAUCCUUUAGUGGUUUUUGUAAAAGCUGCUUUUUCUAAUCUUCAGCCUCUUUUAUUUUUUUUUUUUUUUUGGUUGUUCCUCUCCCCCCCAACCCACAUAAAUUGUGUGACACGUUUCCUGACACUGAGCAAUAGCAAAGUCCUCUCCUUGGUCCUGUCAUUGGAAAGCUCAGAAUAUUCACUUGUCCAAGCGUUGCCCAGAGAUCCCCCCCCACCACCCCCACCCACCACUUCUCAUCCCUUGGGGUUCUUUUUGUUGUUUCAUUAUUAUUCAUUUUUGUUGUUGUUCUGUUGUCCUUGACGAGAGCCUAGAUUGGUUGGGGGGGGGGUGGUUUUUUUGGCUAGUAGGAGUGGUUGAUGUUCAGGGUACGACGUGAAAAGCACAGCGCCGGUAGGUUUGGGUUGGGCCUUUUUUGUUGCGCUUUUUGUUUUGGUUUAGUUGAUUAAUAUAAAUUAUUUAAUCUUCCAUAACAAUAUUGCAAGAAAAUUGGUGUCUUCCAGAUAGCUGUCGUGAUAGGUGAUACAUGCAUUAUCUGCUGUGGAAUUCUUAACUCAUCCCUUCUUUUGUAGGAGUAAGAGAAUAUAAAUAUAAUUAGCGACGUAACGCGCUUGUCUUAGGAAGUAGGAGGACUGGUCACCUUUGGGUCUUUGGCCUUUUUUUUCCAACCAGGCAAAUGGGUCUUACUUGAUGGGAAGAGUCUGGUGGAGACGUGUGCCCAGGUAGCAUCUUGUAGCUCUUGGGAAAAUGAGAUGCUCCCCAUGGGCCAAAUCCCGAGGUUGCGUGAGGGAGAAGUUCCUUCCUUGCAUGACCAGAGUUGUGCUGGGUGGCUGGUGAAGGAGGCAAGGAGAUGUCCAAGGGUUGGUCUGAAGAGCUUUUUGAGGUCCAAGGGGUUAGACUGACGAGCUUCUCCAAGUCCAGAGGUUGGUCUGAAGAGCUUCACCAUUUUCAGGGGUUGGUCUGAAGAGCUUCUCCAAGUCCAAAGGUUGGUCUGAAGAGCUUCUCUAGGUUCAGGGGUUGGUCUGAAGAGCUUCACUAGGUUCAGGGGUUGGUCUGAAGAGCUUCUCCCAGUCCAGAGGUUGGUCUGAAGAGCUUCUCUAGGUUCAGGGGUUGGUCUGAAGAGCUUCACCAGGUUCAGGGGUUGGUCUGAAGAGCUUCUCUAGGUUCAGGAGUUGGUCUGAAGAGCUUCUCCAGGUCCAAGGAGUUGGUCUGAAGAGCCUCUCCAGAGUCUGGUGGUGUGUGGAAAGGGGGCAGCUGGCUGAUGGUGAAGAAUCUUCAAGACAGCGUGAAGGGGAAGACAGGUGGCUUCACCUUGCACCCAUGUCAUUGCCCCUCCAUCCUUUGGGUUACAGCUGAGCUUGGAGACGUCCAGGAGAAACUUUCAUCCAAGCACAAAUCCCAGCACUGUUGAGAAAGGCCAGAGAGGGGGGUGAUGUCCAGCUGCUCUGCUUGGCAAGUGGGGAGAGGAGGAAGCAAUAGCAAUAAACAUGGCACCUUCCUCAUGGGGAGGCACCUGAGAAAAGCUGAGAACAAGGCAGUUGAUCCACAGUUGAUGUGCACCAGGCUGGGGGACAACAAUCACCCAGAGGCUGUGGGCAUUGUGGUAAUUCCUUGGGGGUUUUGGCUUCCUCAGGGGCAGCAGGACAUGAAGCCAACUGUGGCUGGUGACAUCCCACCCCAGGGAGUCCCAAGUGGAGCAAUAAGUUGUUUCAAGAGCAGCAGAGUUGGCUUUUGUGGCCAACUGAAACUUUUAACUCCUUGUCACCAAACCCAGCACAGAAACAAGGGGGGGGGGGGGAGGGGUUUGUUUUGUUGUUUGUUUGUUUGUGGAUAUUUUUCUCCCUAAGGCAGAAACAUUGUUGGGUUUUGAUGUGUCCCUCAAGUGUGCCAAAAGGGUUACAUUUGCCCAGAGGUGUGUUUGCAACAUCUCUUGGGCUCCGAGAUUGUCACAAUGGAACCAUGUCCAGAGCCUUUAAGGAGGUCAGGUGAGGAGAUGUGGAUGGGAAUCCCUGCUGGGAUGGGUUUCUCACCACCAUGUGUGGAGUCAGUGCCCAGAUGUUUCUGAUGGUUGCUCUGCUUUGGUCAUGCCAUUGCAUCUGUAGGUGAAGGUGAGGGCAGUGGAGACCAACACUGGAAGCUCACCUUGACCAGGACACGGUGUUGUAGAGGAUAGACUGGAGGGUCUUUCAGAAAAGCAAGGUGAGCAGUUGUCAGCACCUGGGUGAGACCUAUUUGCUCCUGAUGGUGUUCCAGCUUGGCUUCUGCUGCUGUUGGGAGGAGCUACUGGAGCUCCUCCCCUGAAGCAUGGUCCAAAUGGGGAGAAACAAGCUUAGGGACCCAAGAGGACUUUUCCUUCUGCUGGUUGGUCCCAGAUGGUUUGUCAGGUUGGGUGUUGGCACCAGCACUUCCAUGUGGGGCUCACAGGGUUGGUUCUGCUGGUUUUAAAGGAACUCUAGCAAAGCUCUGGUUGACCUUCCCAAACUCAAGGGGAAUGAAGUGGGUGUAGACUGAACACCAGUGCUGUGGGGUGGGGAAGGUCACAGGAUCACAAGAGCUGAAGGCUGCUCAAAUACCCUUUUUUGCUCUCACUGUGGACUUCAUUUUAUGUGUUGGGAGCAUCAAAACACGUAGGAUGGAGCCAAGCUCCAGCAGAUCUAACACCACUACAACUUGCAGGGCCCAAAGAGCUUUGUUUAGCACAGCCUGGGCUCUGCAGAGGACCUUUCCCAGUGGACAGCAUCCUACCACUGGCACCCUUCACCCUUGAAGAAUGACUUUGGCCCAUGGUUAGGAUGGAGAUGCUCAGUUUUUUUCCUGAAAGGAAACACUAAAGGUGGGGCAGAAAGCUCCAGGAGCCGAGCAUGGAGGAACCAUAACGAGAUCUGACAUGGGGUGGUUUAGUUUUCAUUCCUUCACUUGGAUGAACAGCAGGUCUGAAGCUCCUCAUCCUGUUGUGACCAGGCACAAAUGCUCAUUGACUCAGCUAAGGUGUGAAGAGGGGAAGUAGUCACCAUCUGUUGGGCAAGAGGCUUUGGUGAACACGUCUGGCACCUGGUGUUGGGUUUAGGCUUAGACCACUGUAGGGCUCCAGGGCCACCACAUGGCUCUGGGGCCACCACACAGCUCCAGGCUUGGGUAGUGUGCUGGUUUUGGCUUCAUGGGGUCAUGGUGGUGAGGCCAUGCUCCCUUUCACCACGUGGGGCUUGAUGCUCCCCAGCUUAGGCCAGCAAUGACCUGCAGCCCUGUCCCCUUUCCCUGUGGAGGGACAUGGCUUUUCAGAUAGAUGGAAGGAUGGGAGGGAAACCCACGGUCCCAAGGCCUUUCCUUGGCCAAGUCAUGGCUUAAGUGAAGGUCCUGGGGAGGUGGCAGCCCGGUGAGGGACUCCCUUGGUGGGGGGACACUGAUGGGUGCCGCCAGCUUCUCAGAUAUUCCACUCCAGCAAAGCUUUGCCAGUGAAGGAAAAGGGUUUUUCCCAUGGUGAAGGAUCACACGGGGCAUCAGUGGGAAGAGCAGGAGGGGUCAAACCACCCAAAGGUCUUGGAGAUGAAAAUUCCAGCUAAAAAGGAAGGAAAAAUACCUCUCAAACCACUGCUGGGACCAUUAACCCCUCCCUGCCCUUGGCUUUGCUUUAGAGCUGUAAUGUGAGGGGUGGGGGUGGGAGGAGAAGGUGGAUUCCUAGUGGUGGUGGCCGCCAAUCCCAAGGAACCCCCAUGGAGCCUGUUCCCAUCCUGCUUCCAAGUGGCAGGACCCUCCGGGCGUGGGUUUGUUCCUGGAGUUGAUGAAUAUUCAUAACCCAGUCCAGCUUUUUUGCAGUUUCAGGCUGGAAAUACCAUGAAGUGUUAUUUCAAGGGGUUGUUUUGGUGGUGGUGGUUUGUUUGUUUGUUUUUAAAAAAACCAACAACAACAAUGGAUGUUUCCAGGGCAUCCCAUGGAAUAUGGUCCUCCCCAAAGAGACAACCCCAGCUCCUGCUUCCCAGCAGACAAUUCCCACCAGGGAUUCGGGAUUACGCGUGAAAUCAGGUCUUGCUUUCUUAUGAAAGAGGAAGGAAAACCACAUUGGAAGGUUUUGAUUGUCCACCCCAAAACAGCAAUAAGAGCUGCUGCAUAUCCCCAAAUCCAGGUUUUUUGGGGUGGUUUGAUGUUUGGGUUGGUUUUGGGGUUGUUUUUUUUUAAUUGUCAAUAUUUUCCGACCCUCCGACGUUCCCGAAACGCUGCGACCCUUGGCCCGUCUUGCUGUGAGCACCAGGCUGGCUCCCAAGCCCAUCAGGCUUCCAGUGGGAUCAUGCUCUGGGUGUUUCCUCUGCCACAUGCUAACAUUCCCACAGGAAAAAGGAAAUAAAAGGAAAAUGCAGAGCUUGGGAGGGAGGAGAGUUCGGGAAA